AUGGGAAUAUCAGAAAAGCAGCCAGAGACGGAGAUGCGAGAGGAUGUUGAACGGAAUAAUGGGCCUGAUAUCUCAGAGAAGCAUGGCAGCGAGGUGAGGUCUACUUCAAGCUCUGAGCCCGAUUUCUCUGAUAUCGACGAGAAGAAGGUGAUCAGGAAGAUGGACAUGCGUCUGAUCCCAGCACUAGCACUCCUCUAUCUGCUCUCAUUCUUGGAUAGGGGUAAUAUUGGAAAUGCGAAGAUUGAGGGAUUGGAUGUUGACUUGGGCCUUAAAGGAGGCCAGUUCAAUUGGUGCUUAACUGUGUUCUUUUUUACAUACUCUGUCUUUGAGGUCCCGUCCAAUAUCCUGUUGAAGAGAUUACGCCCUUCACUUUAUCUACCCUCGAUUAUGCUUGCAUGGGGUACCGUUGUGACCUUGAUGGGGAUUGUACAGGAUUACAAAGGAUUGUUGAUUGCUCGGAUUUUCCUGGGUGUUGCCGAGGCCGGAUUAUACCCUGGGGUUGCAUACUAUAUCACUAUGUGGUAUUGCAGACACGAAGUGCAGCUUAGGCAGGCCAUGUUUUUCAGUGCUGCCAGCAUUGCAGGUGCUUUCUCCGGCCUGUUGGCAUUUGCUAUUGCAAAAAUGGACGGGGUGGGAGGGUAUCAAGGAUGGCGAUGGAUUUUUAUUCUGGAGGGCCUCCUAACCGUUGUUGUGGCAGCUAGCGCAUACUUCUUCCUUGAAGACUUCCCCGAGACAGCAUCGUUCCUAACUCCCAUGGAGCGGGAAUUUGUUAUUCACCGCCUCAAGUAUCAGGGGUCUAGCUCAUCGGGGAGGAGAGUAGUCCAGACGGAGGAGUUUAAAUGGAAGUACAUCAAGGAGGUAUUCACAGACUGGCAAGUCUAUGCAUCACUUUUCGUUUGCGUGGGCAUCAUCUGUCCUCUGUACGGAACCUCACUCUUCUUGCCGAGUAUCAUCAAAGACCUGGGGUACAAGACCUCAACAGCGCAGCUCCUGACGGUGCCUAUAUACGUGACUGCAGCAACACUUGCCGUUGUAAUCGCCUUCUACUCUGACAGAAGUGGCAAGCGCUCACCCUUUGUCAUUGGGUGCAUGUGCUUGAUUGGCAUCGGUUUCAUCAUCUGUAUCUCUGCUGCAGGACGAGGUGUUCCAGGGGUAGUGUAUGCAGGUGUUUUCAUCGCCAUCUGCGGCAUUUAUCCUGCUUUUCCUGGUGCAGUAACAUGGCUAGCCAACAAUCUUGCAGGCAGCUACAAACGUUCUGCGGGCAUGGCAUUCCAGAUCGGAACAGGCAACAUGUCAGGAGCCAUGGCGUCCAACUUCUAUCGAGCGCUAGACGCACCCAAGUACACACUUGGCCACGCCCUUGAACUUGGGUUCUUGGUUGCUGGAGUGAUAUCAGCCAUCUUCCUGCGUGAGGCCUACAAGCGGGUCAACGCUAAACGAGAGCGAGAGGGAACCCGGGGCCUGAGUGACCAGGAAUUGAGCGAGUUAGGCGAUAAAGCGCCUACAUUCCGCUACACUCUUUAA